GAAAUAUAUUUUACAAAGUCAAAAGCGCGGUAAUAAACGUCAAUUAAGCAAAAUUAAGGUUUGAUCAUAUUAAUAGCUGCGAUGCCAACAAAACGCAAAAGAGAAUCAUCGAAAACAUCAAACACAUUUGAGCAAGAAAGUAAUGGUGUAGUAAAAGAGAAGACUAGACCAUCAUCUGAAGAGGAGUACAGACACUGGCUCAUGAAAUCAGAACCGGAGAGCAGAUAUGAAAAUGGAGUAGAUGUUCGGUUUGGGAUAGAAGAUCUAAAAUCAUGCCCAGACCAGACUGCAUGCUGGGAUGGAGUCAGGAAUUACCAGGCUCGGAACUUCAUGCGAGACAAGAUGAGGAAAGGAGAUGAAGUGUUUUUCUAUCACAGUAACACCAAGAAGCCAGGGAUUUGUGGCAUCUGUGAGGUGGUGCGUGAAAGUUAUGUUGACCACACUCAGUUUGACUCCAAGGAUCCUCAUUAUGACAGAACUGCCAAGCGCGACAACCCCAGAUGGUACAUGGUAGACGUGAAAUUUAAACGCAUGACACGCAGAUUUGUCUCCCUUGCCGAGCUGAAGGUGCUACAUGCGGAACAUAAACAAAGUGGUGGACCGCUGAAAAAUCUCUCGCUGUUCACUCGAGCGCGUCUUUCAGUCCAGCCCAUAUCACAAGAGGAAUGGGACUACAUUUUGACACUGGAAAGCCAAGAGGAGAAGGAAUGUGUGCAGAAAUGAGUUCUUUAGAUGAGGGGUUCUUGUUCAUUCCAUAGAAAAAAUCAUCAAGUGCGUGCAGUGUACACCAAGUUCAUAGCCAUGUUCACCUUUUGAUACAAAUAAAGCUGUGUUGAAACUGUUUGGAAAUAAACAAAACAAAAUCGCGCUUACAGUUGUAUAGAAUGACACAAAGGUCAAUAAUAUGAAGAAUUAAACUGCAAAUACGCACGUUUUAUAUUUGCAAGUGUGUGUUCAUGUCAGGAUUGUAUCGGUAUUGAACAGUAUUAUCAGAAAACAUGUGGUACAUUAAAUAUGAUGGGUACAUAGUAGUUGCAUGAGUAUGUGGAUUUCAUUUCGAACUGCAUUUGUGUAGAUUUUACAUUCGGUGUUGUUAUACAAUUCUGUAACACUACUUUUAACAGUGGGAUUUGUUAUAAAUUUUACAAAUUGUAAACCCAUUAAACUACAUCUGUUUGA